AUGCCAAACAUCAGCCUGUCUCGUGCAGUGUCUCGUCCAAAUCCGAAUGCCUACAGAAAGAGCGCACAGGGUAAUGCAUGGCCUAAAGGGUUCCAUAUUGAGAAGACGAGCGAUAUACCCAAGUAUGAAACAACAAACGACGAUGCAAAAGUCUGGCAACACACAUCAAAUCAGCAACCACCGACAACACGGCCUGCUGUUGCGGACUCAAACAAGAACCAUAUCUAUUACAGCCUCAAGAAGUACAGGGAGGGCCCAAACCCAGAGAGCGGCGAACUGGGUAAGGAUUAUGACUCGGAAGAAGUCAAGACUCACAACAGGGAUGUGGACUACAGACAUCGCAAUGAUUGA